AUGGAAGGUAUCCAAGCGGUAUUUGAUUACCUGAAAAGGGAACUUGUAAUGUUUAAUGAAUUACAUGAAUUUGUAAAGGAAACAAUUCAGUUUGAGCGAUCGCUCAUAUCCUUCUUGGACACAGCUCAAAUUAAAUUGGACGAAGUGAAAGAACUGAAUGCUCACGAAGAAAUGGAAGAGGAUGCAGUAUCUCAGGAGAAAAAAUUAUAUACUAUAUUAUAG